CCUUCGAGUGAAACCUGUGGUUAACGUUACUGAAAUGGGAGAGAGAAGAACGGGAAAAGGAAGGAAAGCGAAUAAGGUGAUUCAUCUGUACACUGUAUAGUCAUACAAGGUUUGCAUUCUGACCGGCAAGCCAAUGUAAGUCGUGUUGAGUGACUGCGUGUAAACGAGGUAUUCAAGCAUACUUUUUUUUAACCUCUCAAGAUCAAAUCUGCUACAAGAAACUGUCUUUCAAAGGCUCAUUAGUUAGUAAGAAUGUAUUUUUGUGCUGUCUGCAGUAGCAGCUUGCAGUAAGUAAAGCAUUCCUGAAUAGCUUAUUGAGGCAACAGGGGAAUUCAUGCUCCAUACUUGUUUGCAGCACAAAAAUACAGUCUUUAUUCAGCUUGCAUGGAGGAAGCUUGGAUAACAUCUUCAAUCACAAGGGCUUUUUGUAUGAAGAGGGGUUUUGCUGGUGACUUCUGGUACUCUGGGGCUUAUCUUUUUUUAGUUUGGUGUACUUUUUCCUCCUCGUGAAUGUUGGGCUUGAGUAUCAUUUAUGAGAUCAUCAUCAAUCUGAGACUUAAUUUGAUUUUUUUCUUCCUUUUUUCUUUCUCCUUUUUUUCUUUCUUCUGUUAUUUAAGUUGAUAAUAAGAAUGAAGCUAAAACAAAUGCACACUUCAUAAUUACUUGAUGGAUCACACUUCAUUGAAUACUUAAUUAGGGAGUGUUUAGUCAACCAGUCAACUAUGUUUCAAGUCUCAAAAAUUAAUGGACUUGCUCAGUGAUGAAUUGUUAAGAGAAGUUACAAUUAACAGGAUCAGAAGGUGCUGUCUGUUAGGGACCAUGUAUGUUUAAAUAGUACGUAUAUAUAUAUAUAUAUAUAUAUAUAUAUAUAUCUUACAGUACACCAAAUACUUAGUUAUAAUAACUUAUAAACAUGUCUGUGCAUUUAGGGACCAUCACCAUCCUCAUGUCCUAUGGAGGAGGCUCUUACGGACGCACUGAGCGUGUCCGCCAUGCGCCCCACUAUGACCAGGUACCCAGCUCUUUACUAGACUCCUAUGAUCAACAGCCCCUGAGAGAGCAGAGAGCUCCUCAUCUUGCUCAGAGCACCGACCCUCUUCCACCUCCGCCUUUGCCUGCUCAGCCUCCUGUUGGCCCUGAGUUUGACCCCAGUGGAAGUGAAGACAACACUGAUCCAGAGCCUGAUCCUGCCAUUGACAUCAAACCAGUCCACCGCUUUAUCCCCAACUCAUGGAAGAACUUCUUCAGAGGAAGCAAUCGCAGUAGUAAAAAGACGUGGUCCAUGCCUACGUCUUCAAGCAAUAACAACAGCACAACAGACGGAGUUCGCUGCUCCCCCCCACACUCCCCCUCUCUUCCUGCGUCAUUCCAAGAUAAAUAUGGCGGAUCAGGCGGCAGCUACAAUUCACGCAAAGAGCUUCUGGAAGCAAGGGAUGGGCAUGACUCUGUGUCUGGGCACACCUACCAUACAGGUCUGACCUACAGUGAGCGAGUGCAGGAGUACCAUCAGCGCUAUGCCUACAUGAAGUCCUGGGCUGGACUGCUGAGGAUUCUGGGCUGUGUGGAGCUGCUGCUGGGAGCAGGUGUAUUUGCCUGUGUCUGUGCUUAUAUCCACAAAGACAAUGAGUGGUUCAACAUGUUUGGAUAUUCGUCUCCUGGUGGAGCUUAUGGAGCAGGUUACUAUGGUGGCAGCAUAGACGGGACCUACUACUACACAGGCCCCAAAACCCCUUUUGUGUUGGUAGUGGCAGGGCUGGCAUGGGUGGUAACUGUGAUCAUGUUAGUACUCGGGAUGACCAUGUACUACCGCACCAUCCUGCUGGACUCCUCCUGGUGGCCUUUGACUGAGUUUAUCAUAAACUUGGCCUUGGCAUUGCUGUACAUGGCAGCAGGCAUUGUCUAUGUUCGAGACACAAAUCGUGGAGGUCUCUGCUCCUACCCAAUGUUCAACAAUGGUAUUAACGGAGCGUUCUGCAGAACGGAAGCAGGCCAGAUUGCUGCCAUUAUCUUCCUCUUUGUCACAAUGCUCGUGUAUCUGAUUGGAGCCAUUGUGUGCCUCAAGCUGUGGAGACACGAAGCUGCACGUAAAUACCGGGAGAGGUACAGCCAGGAGAUGCAGCCAUCAAACAUACGAGCUGUGCAGUCAUUGAUGGUAACAGAUUCUGCUCCUGCUCCCACAAUUCCAGAAAAGGUCCAGGGCUCUUCAGUGGUUCCCAUCCAUACUGCACCAAAAGCAGUUCCUGCAAAGGUUUUGCAGGGAGCUAUACCUUCGGGGCACAUUCCUAAACCUGUUAUAGUGCCAGACUACAUUGCUAAGUACCCAGUGAUCCGGUCAGAUGAGGAGCGGGACCAGUACCGGGCCGUGUUUAACGACCAGUACGCAGAGUACAAAGAGCUCCACUCAGAGGUGCAGGCAACCCUCAAGAAGUUUAAUGAGAUGGACGCUAUGAUGGGCAGUUUACCUCAGCACCCUACCAACCAGAUGGAGGUGGAUCGCAUUAACAGAAUCCUCCAGGAGUACCAGAGGAAGAAAAAUGAUCCCACUUUCCUAGAAAAGAAAGAGCGUUGUGAGUAUCUGAAGAACAAGCUAUCACACAUCAAACAGAAGAUCCAAGAAUAUGAUAAAGUCAUGGAAUGGAAUGACGGCUACAGCUGAAAACCUCUGAGAAAUUCCUGUACUGCAGCACAAAUACUGAACUGCUGUCGCUAUCUCUACAUCACCAGUGCUGAAAGUUGCAAGUUGAUGCUGAAUGCAGUCAAAACCAUGAGCUUAUCAAGCUUUCCCCACCUCUUGAAAUCUGUUCAGCGACAAUAACUGGAAGAAAACACAUCUGUCAACAGUUUCUCUUUUGAAUUUGUGGUUUCUUAAAGCUUUAAAGUCCAAAGCAAAUGACCACAAUGUUUCAUCUUUAACAGGAAUACCAUAUUUCAUUUUGUAAGGGGGAGUUAGAUUAAAAUGUCAUCUCACUGGUGUAUUCACUUACCUAAAUCCUUGGUCACGCGGCCCAGAGUCCGGUCACCAAAAAUAAAUGCGUAUUCCCUAACCAGUUAGCAACUGGUUUGCUGGAAGUUGCUGGCUGUUGCUAGGUGUCACUAAUCAGAAUCAGAAUACUUUAUUGAUCCCUAGAGGAAAUUAUUUUGGUUACAGUGCUCCAGUGUAAGAAAUAGCACUCUAUUACUAUAGCUCAGCAAAUUGCAAGUCUGUAUCAUCC